AUUACUGCGACCAGUGACCAAGACAGAAAACGGAAGCGGCUAACAAAUGUGACGUCACAGUUUCCACGUUUGUCAACAAAAUGGCGUCCAUAGUGAAAAUGGCCAUGGAGUUUGUUUACACGAUAAAGGCCUUGGAAUUGGUCAUCAUAAUUUCCAGCUGUUUUCCAUGUCCAGAAGGUUUCUACUUACCUGGUGUGGCACCAUCAGAAUUUUCUUUCGGAAAUGAGGUUGAAGUCAAGGCGGUGAAACUGACCAGCACAAAGACCCAGCUUCCCUAUGAGUACUACUCCUUGCCAUUUUGUCCACCCUUGGCCGGUGUUGUCUACAAAGGAGAAAAUCUGGGGGAAGUCCUCAGAGGGGAUCGGAUUGUGACUACUCCAUACAUGGUUAACAUGGCUCAUGAUGACAAGUGUAAGGUUUUAUGUCAGGACAAAGACAAAAAAUACGUCUCCAAUCGACUGUCUGAAAUUUCAAGCAAGGCAUUUGCAGACAAAAUUAAACAUGACUAUUAUGUCCAUUUAAUCACUGACAAUCUACCAUGUGCAACUCGCAUCUCCAUGCCUGACGGUUCAACCAUAUAUGAGCAUGGUUAUCGCUUGGGAUAUGUCAGUGGAACUGAGGCUUAUCUGAACAACCAUUUAUCUCUCACGCUGAGAUAUCACAGGAGAGAAAAUGACAAGUACAGAGUUGUUGGAUUUGAAGUCAAACCUCAGAGUAUUAACUUUGGUGAAAUCAAACCAAACGAAGAUGGAUCAUGCACAUUUAAUGACCCCAAGAAUCCCCAAAAGAUCAAUACCAACGGAGAGACAGAUGUUUUGUUCACUUACUCUGUAAAAUGGGAAGAAAGUGAUGUAAGCUGGGCUUCAAGAUGGGACAUAUACCUGGCUAUGAGCGAUGUACAGAUCCAUUGGUUUUCCAUCAUCAACUCUGUUGUGGUCGUAUUCUUUUUAUCGGGAAUAUUGACAAUGAUUAUGGUGCGAACACUGCGCAGAGACAUUGCACAAUACAACAAGGAUGAUGAUUUGGAUGAAACUGUGGAGGAGACUGGCUGGAAGCUAGUCCAUGGAGAUGUCUUCAGACCACCCCGUUUCUCAAAGCUCCUGACAUCUUUCGUUGGAGCAGGGAUACAGAUAUUUUGCAUGGCUCUCAUCACUAUCUUUUUCGCUAUGCUUGGCAUGUUGUCUCCUGCUGCCAGAGGCUCUCUUAUGACUGUUGGCAUUUUCCUCUACAUGUUCAUGGGGCUGUUUGCUGGCUACUUUGCAGCUCGAUUGUACAAAACAAUGAAAGGUCUUUUGUGGAAAAAAGCUGCCUUCCAGACUGCUACUGUGUUCCCUGGCAUCAUGUUCGGCAUCUGCUUGCUCCUAAAUUUCUUUAUUUGGGGAAAGCACUCUUCAGGGGCAGUUCCGUUUACCACUAUGCUUGCCUUGCUGUGCAUGUGGUUUGGUAUAUCUCUGCCGUUGGUCUUCAUGGGAUUCUAUUUUGGAUUUAGGAAACAGGCUUAUGAACAUCCAGUGAGGACAAACCAAAUACCCAGACAGGUUCCUGAGCAGACUUGGUACAUGAGUCCUUUCCUGGGAACUCUAAUGGCUGGAAUACUUCCGUUUGGUGCCAUGUUCAUUGAGCUUUUCUUUAUAUUUACCGCCAUCUGGGAGAACCAGUAUUACUACCUGUUUGGUUUUCUGUUCUUGGUGUUCAUCAUUCUUGUGGUGUCGGUGUCCCAGAUAUCAAUUGUCAUGGUCUACUUCCAGCUGUGUGGAGAGGAUUACCACUGGUGGUGGAGAUCUUUCGUCGUCUCGGGAGGAUCUGCAGUUUAUGUUUUUGCAUAUUCUGUUUUCUACUUCAUAACAAAGUUGGAAAUCACAGAGUUUAUUCCCACUCUGCUGUACUUUGGAUAUACAUUUGUGAUAGUCUUCACUUUCUGGACUUUGACGGGAACUGUUGGCUUCUUUGCUGCUUACUGGUUCAUAAGGAGGAUAUACGGUGCCAUAAAAAUCGACUGAAACAGGGAGGGACUGGCAUCAAAUGCCACUGUUAGCUUAUAUGACUCAUUAUUCCCUUUAAAAAAAAAUAAUCGUAUCAAGAUAUUCCUGGAUAUACCACUGCCUCUGUCGUGACCUAGUUGUGGCUAUUGUCAGGUCAGCAGUGUGCUGGAACUUUCAUAUAACGCUGUAAUAUAUCAUUUGAUACAAAAGGAGGCUUACGAGCUUAUUAUUUUCCCAAUGUUUCUUGUUCUUGUUGACUACCCCCAUUUUCAUUAUAAUGAUGUGAGUUUUCUUUGAAAUUAGUGAGCAGUUUGACAGGAGGUUGUGUGAGCUCACAUUGAAAGCAUGAUGCCUUGUGGGAGUCUUAGUAGCUGGCAUGAAUGUUUUAUUUGAUGGACAUUCAUCGGUGAAGCAACUGAUACGAAGCUACUCACACUCGUGGUAUAUUCACGCUUUGCUUGAGCACACGUUUAUUGCUGUUUACAGCUGAACCUGUAACGGCAGAAUCUCUUGGCUAUCCCUGUGACAAAUUGUUCAGUAUAUAUCAUACCUGCUUCCGUGGAUAGCUGUCCAACAUAGUGUCAUAAUUAAAAACUGUUUCCAUCUUGAAAAUUCAGCCAGUCUAAACUGAACAAGAAAAUUGUAUUUUUAAGUUCCUGUAGGUCCACAGAAAUGAGUUAAAGAAUUUUUUGGGUCUUUUUUGUUUAAUGAAUAUUUUGUGUUUACCCUCCUGGGGUGAGGGUUUUUUUUUCCCUUGCAUGUCACCAUGCCUCGAGGUUGCUAUUUGUUUCUUAAAAUUACUAUUUUGGUGAGAACUUAUGCUGAUUUUCAUCUGGCCUGGGUGGCAAGUGAAACACUGUACAUAACCAUCACAAUGUGUGUUGGUCCGUAUACUCAUGGUUCUUGAUUAACUCACUGAACUCUGAUCCCGAAUGAUGUGUGGAGAGACUUGCGAAUUCUUAGAAGUAUGGCAAUAUAACUAGUGUACAUCUAUCCCUGUAUUUAUCAAUUGCUUAACCUUUUUUCUUACCAAAAACGACCACCAUAAGGCGAUUCAUGCAUAAUACUGAGGUGGUUUAUGGUUUUAAUGAUGGUAUCUGGGAUGUAAAAGUCAAUGUGAUCUCCGGAUCUUUUUCUCCAAAACUCCAACAUCUUGGAACGUCUUUAAAAUAUUGUGAAAAAUAUAUCCCUUACCUGAAUAAAAACUCAAUUUUCCAAUGAAGAUUUGGACCAAAGAAUUUGAAAGACUAAAUGCUAUGACUGUGACCAUUCUCCACCACUUAUCUUUAUUUGGUUCGUCAGUUGUGAAUUUUUUAAAAGCAUUUAGAAAAAUUAGCGGGUUAAGUUUGUUGGCUGUCUAAAAAGAGGCAGGGUUCAGUGAGCUAGAUAUAUAUGUCUUUUGUGUCUGUUGUUUUUGUUUUUUGUACUGCGAAUAUGAUGACCGUACUGUGAAUAUGAUGUCUGUAUUGGUACAGUUCCGAGUGUCUCAUUGUGCUUAGUGUUUGAGGUACUGAGUAGCAGGAAUGAGUCUGUAUAUUUCCUUCUAAACAUAUUUUAUUAGCACCCAGAUGAAUGACAUGUAUAAAGCUUUGCAGCAUUGUGCUGAGUGGUGGGUUCCCAUCCCUUUCUGUGUUUGUGGUAUGCAAUGUGAUAUGGAGUAGUAUUGACCUUUUGUUUUUGAUUGUUUCUUUUGUUUGGUGAUGUUUUUUUGUUUUUUACGUAAAUUCUUUUUGAUGAUUCUGGAGAUUUUUAUUUCCCGAGAAUGGGCUAGGAGAUAAUGGUGAUAGUUGCGAUGACAAUGGUUGAAUGGAGGCAAUUGCUCUUUUUUGCUGGUGUUGGUACUUAGCGUUUGUUUGUAAAGAUCUAUCUUGUCAAAAAUUUGUAAUAGUUGCAAAUUCUGGGAGGGGGAUGUCAAUUGCACUUUUCAAAGGGAAUUUGCCUGUCUUCAUCAGUGGCUGCUUCUUUUACUGAUCUUCAAAGAAUAUAUAUUUUGUUGUUGGUUUGUUUUUGGUGGCAUAUGGUUUAGGAAAAAAACAAACUUUUCGAAGACCUAUACGUGUUUCAACGAGUGCUCCAUAUUCUACUUAGCCACACCAAAGAGAUCACCUCCCUUUACAUCUGAUUCCCGCCUUAGCAUUAGUAAUAAUACUGCCUACAAGGCUUACUUUUGCUUACCUUGCUUGUGCUAUUAGUUUGUAGACUUUCUUUGAAAAAGAUAAAAUAUUUAUACGUGAUAGGCUAUAUAUUAUAUUGUAUUAUUGCUCUGUGUUCAGAUUCCAACUGUUUGUGUGAGCUCACCACACAUACCAUUUGCACAAGUAGUGGGGUUAAAAAACUUUUGCAAAGUUUGAGUUGAGAAAGAUUUUGUUUGUUUGUAGAAAAUAAUGUAUUGUUAGUAAAAAUAAAAGGGCUCUUCUUUUCGUGCCAUUCCACCUUUUUUCUGAAGGGAGUAUAAAAACAUCCAAAAGUUUGUUGUCUGUGUGAGAAAGAAUUGGUCUCUUUUAAGGACAAGCGGGCUGACCCAGAUUUCGGGGGGUUUCAGAAAUCUUGACCUACACCAAAAGUGGGCUUUGCCCUACCUAUAGGAGAAGUUUGGGUUCAUUGAUGUGUAUAUUUGUUUGGUUACAGAGAAAACUCUCCUUGUCUUUUAAACAAACUGAACAAGGGUCCAAAAACUUAACCUUCGAUUUUCUCAGAACAAGGUUUUCAGGAUAGCGCGUUUGUGCUUAAAAGCGACCAAUUGAGAAUAUGCUUUCAGGGAAGGUGUGGCUGUUUGUGUAUGUGAAAAGUUUGCCUGCUGUAUAUUUGCUCACUUGUUGGAUGGCCUGGGGAGUUGGUGCUCUGAAAUCCUGUUUUGGCAGUGGGCGUUGUGGAAGUAUUCUUGUAAGUCCAGGUGAACAUCACUCGGAAACACAGCCACCUGUGCGGACCAGUCUGACGGGUCUCCAACCACAUUAUGAUGGAGACUGUAAGCAGACAGACUCUGGGAUGGAUCCUGAAGAGGGGGGGAGAGCUGAGAUGGACAUGUUCCGACUGUAGUGACCCCAACACUGAGGACAAGGAUUGACCACUCAGAUUUGAACAUGUUGUUUCAAAGUCUUGGUCAAUUUUGUAACAAAGCCUGGGCCACCGGCGAUGGUAGGAGAUAAAUAAAACCCGUGGAAACAACGCAGAAGUGGAUUCCGGUUCAGUUCUCCGAAAAGCUGGGGCAAGUCAGUUUGAAAUAAAUUAAAUUGGAGACAAAGCAAGGGGAAAGAUGACUGAAUGACUGUCUGAAAAAAAAAAAAGAAGAAAAUUGAAUGAAAGAGAGGAAAAUAGUUGCUUUGAUUUUAAAUGGAUGCAUGAAGAAAUGAAAAUGAAAGAAAAGAGUCAAGUAUGAAAGUUCAGAAA